CACUCUUAAACCUAUGUUAUGAGGCUAUAAUUAAAUAUGUAACUUUGAAGUACAAGUUUGCUUGGCUGCUUUAUUUGUUAUCUAAUCUGAUAGCCUGUAGUGCGCAUGCGCGACGAGGCAUCAAUUUGCAGGGAACUAUCUUGCCGUGACAAGUUAAAUUCUGAACAAUCAACUUUCGUUUUGUCAGUAUUUGUUAACAGAGCGACUGUCUGGUUGUAGCUGCGUAGUUUGCAGAUAUUAGUUGCAUCUCACCGUUGUUCUGUGGAGUUUUUGUGUGUUUGUAGGGGGGAGGCAGCCAGUUAGCUUAGCAGCGAAUAGAAUAGAGAUGCGCUUCAGCGGCGUUGUUGUGUGUGUGUUCCUGCUUUGGGUUGAGGGGUCUUGGGGUGACACACCAGCCAACUGCACCUAUGAGGACCUGCUGGGAACAUGGGUCUUCCAGGUGUCCAAGGGGGGACACGACAAGACCGUCAACUGCUCGGCUGAAGCCACAGGGGAGAGCACAGUGACUGUGACCCUGGAAAAGCUGUCUGUGUCCAAAGACGAGGUGGGAAACACCGGCUUCUUCACCCUCAUCUACAACCAGGGCUUUGAGGUGGUCAUCAGUGGCUACAAAUGGUUCGCCUUCUUCAAGUACAAGCAGGAAGGCUCCAAAGUCACCAGUUAUUGCGACCAGACCCUGCCGGGCUGGGUCCAUGACGUUCUGGGACAGAACUGGGCCUGUUUUGUGGGGAAAAAGGUCGAUCCGGUGCCACCCAGGACAGAUGACAAACCAGUCUUCAGCAGUGGGCUGCUCCACAAGCCGUACAAACACAACCUGGACUUCAUUGAUUUGAUCAACUCCGUUCAGGCGUCCUGGAAGGCCAUGCCGUAUCCAGAGCACGAGACGUUCACUUUACAGGAGCUGCUUCACCGGGCAGGAGGGCCCGCCUCCCGCAUCCCUGUGCGUGCUCGUCCCAUGUCUGUGAGUGCCGAUUUAGCCAAGAUGGCUGCAGCUCUGCCUGAGAAGUGGGAUUGGAGGAAUGUGAACGGUGUUAACUUUGUCAGCCCCGUGAGAAAUCAAGCCUCAUGUGGUAGCUGCUACUCUUUCGCCACGAUGGGAAUGCUGGAAGCCCGUGUUCGAAUCCUCACAAACAACACUGAUACUCCCAUCCUCAGCCCACAACAAGUGGUCUCCUGUUCUGAAUACUCUCAAGGUUGUGAUGGAGGCUUCCCGUACCUGAUUGGGAAAUACACUCAGGAUUUUGGUGUCGUGGAGGAGUCAUGCUUUCCGUACACCGGCAAGGACUCUCCAUGUGGCGUUGCUGAAGACUGCCUCCGAAGAUACACGGCAGAGUACGGCUACGUGGGCGGAUUUUAUGGAGGCUGCAGUGAGAUGGCCAUGAUGUUGGAACUGGUCAAGAAUGGACCUAUGGCAGUCGCUUUUGAGGUCUAUCCUGACUUCAUGCACUACAAGGGGGGCAUCUACCACUACACGGGCCUCAGAGACCCCUUUAAUCCCUUUGAACUGACCAACCACGCGGUGCUACUGGUGGGAUACGGCCGCUGCAAUAAAACUGGAGAGAAGUUCUGGAUCGUCAAGAACAGCUGGGGCACCAGCUGGGGCGAGGAUGGCUACUUUCGAAUUCGCCGCGGCAGCGACGAGUGCUCCAUCGAGAGCAUCGCUGUCGCCGCCAGACCUAUCCCCAAACUGUAGAGGCUGAAAUACUGCAGGAAACAAGCUUUACAUAUGAUUCUGAGUCACCAAAAUAGAUUUACUUCUUUUUUUGUAAUUUGGCAGUGUUUAGUGCAUUCUUGCAAAGAUGAAAUUUUAUGUUUGGAAACGUAACUGUCAAUUGGCCUGAAUUGUACAAGUUACUUGAAAUGUUACUGAUUGAAGUUUUAUUACAAGUAUUUGUAUGUCAAGUGCAUUUUAAUGACUCAAGCUUUAGAUGAAACAGCUGUUCUUGAUGCUGAAUGUUGAAUUCACUCCAUCAGCCUUGUUUUUGUCUUUAUUUCCCAUCAUUUUUAAUGUUUGCUCUUUUUCGCCAAUCAUUUUAUCAAGUAUUAAAUAGAAGCUGUGACUGCCUGUGUAAACCAGGAUACUAAAGGGAUUGUUUCAUACUGGGGUCGUACGGCCAAGUUGUAACAUUUGAUUAUUCUGUUGGACUGUCAGGUACAGAACUUUGAUCUUUUCUCUGUCUCAGGGAAUCACAGUGGAGAAUUGAUGUAUCAAAUGCCUUUGUAUCAAUAUGACUCUGUGGCUCUUGAUUUGUUCUUUUUAGGAGCAUUUGAAAGGAAUUUCUUUGAAUAAAGGGAGGUGGCACAUUUCA